CGGCUUCCCGGGAGCGGCGUGCCGGACCCCGGAGGAGUCCCCGCGAGCGGAGCCGAGCCUUUGUGUGCAGGGGAGGAGCGGCGCCGCCGGCCCGCAGCCCCGCCCGGGAGCCCCGGCGGGAACCAUGCUAGCGUGCCUGGCCCGGGGGAACUUUCUGGACGUCCUGCAGGAGGGCUUCAACGAGGAGUCAAUGCCAGCUAAACAGAUGCUCCCUGGCAGCGAGCUCUCAGGCAGCGUUAUGUUCCUCAUGCAGCAACUGCAGGCGUACGUGGCCUGGGUGAAUGCGCAGUUGAGGAAGAGCCCAGCAGUGAAGCCCGUGCAGGACCUGCGACAGGACCUUCGGGAUGGGGUGAUCCUGGCGCAUCUCAUCGAGAUUGUUGCAGGAGAAAAGCUGAGUGGGGUACAGCUGAGUCCCAGAAACCAACAGGAGAUGAAGAAUAAUGUGGAGAAGGUGCUGCAGUUUGUGGCCUCCAAAAAGAUCCGUAUGCACCAGACUUCAGCUAAAGACAUUGUGGAAGGAAACCUGAAGUCUAUCAUGAGGCUGGUCCUUGCCUUGGCAGCGCACUUCAAACCUGGCUCUGGCAGGACGGUGAGCCAAGGACGGGACUUCAGAGCCCCUCUGCAGAGCCACCAGCCACACUGCGCCACAGCUGUGGCCCAGGGAGCAGCUGCGGCUCUGGCCGAUGUGUGUCAUGACAUGUCACGCUCAGGACGGGACGUCUUUCGGUACAGACAGAGGAACAGCAGCACGGACGAGGAGAUCGAGAAUCCGUACUGGAGCGUGCGAGCUCUGGUGCAGCAGUACGAAGGGCAGCAGAGGUCCCCGUCUGAGUCCAGCUGCUCCAGCCUGACUUCACCCAGUCCUAUCCACAGUGCAAAGAGCGAAUCCAUUAUCACCCAGUCGGAGGAGAAGGCAGAGUUUGUGAUUGUUCCCUCUGAAGGAAUAGAGAACAGGACAGAGGAGACAGACUCUCCAGUAUCCCGAGACUGGCGACCAGGCAGCCCCACAGCCUGUCUGGAGACUUCAUGGGAAGAACAGCUGUUGGAGCAACAAGAACAUCUAGAAAAAGAAAUGGAGGAAGCCAAGAAAAUGAUAUCAGGACUACAGGCCUUGCUGCUCAGUGGGUCCUUACCGGAAGAUGAGCAGGACAGGCCUUUGGCCCUCUGUGAACCAGGAGUCAAUCCCGAGGAGCAACUGAUUGUAAUCCAAAGUCGUCUGGAUCAGAGUGUGGAGGAGAAUAAGGACCUAAAGAAGGACUUGCUGAAAUGUAAACAGGAAGCCAGAAACUUACAGGGAAUAAAGGAUGCCUUGCAGCAGAGGUUGACUCAGCAGGACACAUCUGUUCUUCAGCUCAAACAAGAACUACUGCGGGCAAACAUGGACAAAGAUGAGCUACACAACCAGAAUGUGGAUCUGCAGAGGAAGCUAGAUGAGAGGAACCGGCUCCUGGGAGAAUAUAAAAAGGAGCUGGGGCAGAAGGACCGCCUCCUUCAGCAUCACCAGGCCAAGCUGGAAGAAGCGCUCCGGAAGCUCUCUGAGGCCAGUUACCAGCAGGUGGAUCUAGAGCGGGAGCUAGAACACAAAGAUGUCCUUUUGGCUCACUGUAUGAAAAGAGAGGCGGAUGAGGUGACCAAUUACAGCAGUCACAGCUCUCAAAGCAAUGGUUUUCUCCCUCCGGUGGCAGGAAAAGGAGCUGCUUCCAUCACUCCGAGAGGGCCCAGUGGCCGGGAUACAGUGAAUGACAUGACACUGCAGCAUGCCAGCAGCGCCUCACUCUCCCCACAGACCAGCGACCUGCAGCUCGUUCGCGAUGCUCUCCGCAGCCUGCGCAACAGCUUCAGCGGCCACGACCCUCAGCACCACACCAUCGACAGCCUGGAACAGGGCAUCUCCAGCCUCAUGGAGCGUCUGCAUGCCAUGGAGACCCACAAAAAGCAAGAAAAAAGGGUUUGGGGCAAGUCGCCCAGAACUCAAGCAGGUAGUGAAUACCAGGAGUCCUGGCCCCCUCAUUCCACCUUGCCUCACUCACAGAGCUCUCCAACUGUCAGCAGCACCUGCACGAAAGUGCUCUAUUUCACUGACCGCUCACUUACACCCUUCAUGGUCAAUAUACCAAAGAGGUUGGGGGAGGUGACACUGAAGGAUUUUAAAGCAGCUAUUGACCGAGAAGGGAAUCACCGGUAUCACUUCAAAGCACUGGAUCCUGAGUUUGGCACUGUUAAAGAGGAGGUUUUCCAUGAUGAUGAUGCCAUCCCUGGAUGGGAAGGGAAAAUUGUAGCCUGGGUAGAAGAAGACCGCGGGGAGAAUUAAUUCUAAGGAUUAGAUUUGGACUGGCGGAACUUGGCAUGCCCUGGCUGCUUCACUCAGGAACGAGAACUAAAACUGGGAUACCCUACAAAGUUUCUAGUUCUUGCUGCCAAAAGAGAAGCUUGUCCAAGUGUGACAGCCACAGGCCAGUCGUUUCUGUGCCUGGUGUAUGUCCAAAUGUAGACCAUGAAUUCAUCUGGAGUUCCUUGUCCGUGGGAACACAGUGUUUUAUUCUACUCUGAGGACAACAAACCGAAGGCCUUAACCAAUAGGAUGGACGAUUUUGCUCCUGUAGGGGCAUGGCUGCUACUAUCUGGAACCUGGGAAUUGGAUGCCUCACUCUGCUGUUAUUUCAAUUGGUCUCAGUGGUUGCAGCAAUCAGAGUCCAGCAAUUGUACUCACAGGCAAGGCCAAGAUACCAGCUUUUUUGCUUCUUUGCAGCUAUUACAAACCAAGAAUAACUCAUGGAGUGGUACCAAAGACGAAAGCCACUCUUCAGGAACCUUUUGGACUGGACAUGGAUGGUACUGAACUGUUAGUUAGAUGGAAAAAGGGCUGCCCAUAUUUGUGCUAUAUUGUGCUAAAACCAGAAUUAAGUAAGACCUCGGGCUGCCUCUUGUGUCUUAACUGGAUCUGCAACUUGUCCUUUAGCCCACAGGGCAUAGUCCAUGUACUGCUAGUUUUCUCUGGGGACUCUUCAAUUUUAGAGCCAUUUUUCCCCCUUCCAACUGAUGAAUUUUAUAUUUGAAAGGAAUAAGGAGUGAAAGGCUCCUUAAAAAUCCAGGCGGGUAUGGAAAGGUGCUGCUACCCAUAUCUUCUUUCUUUCUCAUGACUUUCUUUAACUCAUGGCAUCUCCUUUGCAAUUAAAAGGAGACAGACCAUUAAUUUCAGUAUUUGUGGUUUAUGAAGUAUUGAGCAUGAGUUACUGAUCUGCCCUUCUUUAGUUCAAGGCCGGAGUUAUGUUCUCAUAUAUUUAGUCCAGGCUGAUCCUUUAGGGCACAAUAGAAACCAUGGGGCAUGGAGCAUGAGUUGUAAAUGGCAGGGCUGAUUCUGGGUGAAAAAACCUAGAAUCCUCUCUCAUGUGUAACACAGUCAAGUGUAAAGUUAAAAAAAAUUGUUAAAUUUCUAGAGAUUACCCAAUAACUUGGGUUUUUCUCAUUCAUUCAUCAAACACUAUCAACCAGCCAUCGAGAGAGACAGAGAGAGAGACAGAGAGAGACAGAGACAGAGAGAGAGAGAGAGAGAGAGAGAGAGAGAGAGAAUAUGUUUACCUUCCAAAAGCAGUCUGCCUGUGACCACCAAUGUACACUGCCAACCAGGAGAGUUGGGCAGGUCAGUUCUGGGUUCUUGACCUGUCUGCCUCUAGUUCAUCUUCCCUUCUCUGCCAUUUCAACUCACUCAUUGGAGUUCUGAGGUGACAUUUUGUUGUUUUAUAAGGAUGUGUUUGGAGAAUUCUUUUGUACUCACUUGCUUUUUUGUCUGAGAACCAUGUCUAUUUUUAUAAUGAGUGUGAUUUCUGUAUAUUCUCACGUUCUGUAUACUGUGUCCAUUGUCUGGAGAACCCAGUGGCUUUUAUAUGGGCUCUUCUUAUCAGCCCAUCUGGUUUCCGAAUGAGCUUUAUUUUAUUACAGGCAUACUAAUGAUAACUCACUCCUGUUCCAGUUCUACCUGUCAUAGUUGUGGAGAUGGUUUUACAUAAUCUAUUUGAUAGUUCUUCUAGCAGACAGGAGAUCAAAAGACACCUGAUGUCUUCAUGUAAGUUUACCUGGUCUUCUAUUUGAAGGAUGAUUUUUCAUCAGAAAUGAUUGAAAACUUGGGAAAAUCAGUCAUAAGUAAGAGUAAUUCAUUAUGAAAGCACCCCGGUAUAUUGUUUAUUUUUCCCAGGAAGUCUGGAGAAAAAGUCCUAAUGUCACUAAUUUGUCUGUUGCAUGGAUUUUAGUGUUUGCUAUAAGACAGCAUGAGGGUUAUCAGGCCAAAAUUCAUUACUGUAUUUCCGGUACAAUUUACCUUGAGUGUCUGUCUCUUAAAUCAGUUUGUACUUGUCAGUUUUCUUUCAGCAAACAUUCUUACCAUCAUGUAGAAUCUACCCUUUCAGAGAAAAUUAAAUCAGAGCAAAAUUUCAAAGUUCUCUAGCUUGUUUUUUUUUUUUUUUUUUUUUUUUUUUUAAUGUCCUUUGGAAAAGGCGCUGCAUGGCCUUAGUGCCUCCAUAGAAAGCAGACGUUGAGUUCAGGGGAGAAAAUGAGAUAAUUUUUUCCCUUUAGCUUAUGCACUAAGCACCUCCGUUACAGGAUGUCACUCAAAUCAUUCUUGUGUAAAAUGUGUUGGGGCGGAGUGUGCAUUGAUUCAUGCUGGUGUGAAUAGUCUCCUUUUGGAUACACUGUGGCUGUACUCUAGGAGGUCUCUUGACUUUCACAAGUAGCAUCCCCUAUCAGUGUGGGGCAGUCCAUCCUGCGACUGCUAAAGUUCUUUCUUUGAGAAAUCUAAGGAACUAGAAUGUUUAGAGUUCAUAAAAUCAUCUCUAUACCCUGUGAGAUAUUUUAAAAUGAUCCUCUUAGACAAACUAGUCUAUUCAAAAGCUCAAUUCCUUUAAAAGUUUUCAUUUAAAAACGGAGUACCAUGCUUAGUUCCCUAAAUUAGCUGAAAGUGGAACACUUUACAAUUUGUACCUAAAUAAUUCAAAUUAAAUUCACUGGGAAAUGACAGUCCUACUUACUGACCAACUUUUCAGCUUUUUUUGUCCAGGAUGAUUAUAAAUUAGGGAAAACAUCUUAUGCUCUAUAUCCAAUCCAAGAGGACUCUAAAUUACUUAAAAAUCAUUUAGGUCACAAUCAUUUUCAAUUUUUUUCCUAUAAAAUAGCAUUAUGAUUGCACACUUCUUUUAUUGUUUAAAUUUAUGUAAGAGGAAUAGCUUGCUUAAAAUAUAUAUGUAAAAUUAUAUUUUCUUAGAAACAUGGAUGUUUGCAACCAUUGCUUUCAAAGAGAUUACCAUGUAUUCCCUCGGUUUUACAAUGUUUUCAUAAAGACCGUGGUUAUAACAGAGGCUUCUGAUUAUCAAAGUGAUAACCAGUUUUAACUGCCUGUUUAUACAAGAUCUAUGAAUAAAAAAUAAAACACAAAACACACACCAAGCUAUGAAUAAAAUGGAAUUUGCAAACCAAAUACUA